UCUCCCUGUCCAUCCCCUCAGACUUGCACACACAAAUGGGCAACAUGCUGCCAUGCUUGGUCCAAGGCAGCAGCAGCAGUAUUCUGCCACCCAUGAACACCAAGCACUGGUCUCGCUCCAUGAAACUCCUGGUGAUGAGAACCCUCCGCCGGAGCACGAAGCGCCACCAUGGCGGCGGCGGCAGCGGCAGCGUCAAAGCAGCUGCCAGCAGCAGGGAGACAUCGGCAGCAGACCAAGCCGCCAGAAGAACUAGAAGAGGUCCCCGGAGCGGCCAGAACCGGCGCGCCGCCGCCGUCGGAGUCAAGGUCGUCCUGACGAGGGCGGAGGCCGCGCGGCUGCUCUCCCUCACCGCGCACGGCGACCGGACCGCCGCGCAGGUGGUGAGCGAGCUCAAGAGGAUGCAGGCAGACACCGGCGGCACCUCCACCGCCCGAGUCAUCAACGAGCUCAAGAGGAUGGAGGAGGAACUCGUAGUCGCCCGUGCCAACGCCUCCCCGUCGGCAUGGCGGCCGGUGCUAGAGAACAUCCCUGAGGAGUGGCCGCCGUAUGUGCUAGCUUAAUCGUAUUCCAUGGCUGUUAACCUGUACAUCACGCAUGCAUCCACACGUGUGCACUGCAUUGCAUGGGAUUCAUCACAAUUGUGCUUCUUUUUCCUGUCAAUCUUCUAAUCUUGUUCCUCUCCUUCAAUUCCAACUCGUUACUGUUAUUAUGUUCUUGGUCGUCCCUCCAUAUGCAAUCCUAUACAUUUUAUUUUUUUGGGAAGACAAUCCUAUACAUGUAUAUAUAUGUCAUGUAUAUACAGAAAAAAAAUGGUUUCUCU